CACGCGCAUAUCCUGCCUCUCACACACACGCCCAUAAAACACCCUCCUCCUCCUCCUCCUCCUCCCUCGGUUCAUCUUCCCUUCUGUCCUUCUGUCUGUGUCUCUCGAACCCUCACUGUUCUCUUGAGCUCCGUCUGUUUCACUCUUCCCUUCAUCCCACAUGCACUUCUCUCACUCUCCUCCUCCUUAUACUGUCUCUCUCUCUCUCUAUCUGUCUGUCUCCCUCCCUCUGUUCUUUUAAUUCUCUCUGGUCGCUUAUGAACACAGGAAUAUUCUGACAUGCUGGAGAUGAGUUUAAGUGGGCAUCUGGAGAGCCUCCUGUUUCCGCCUCCUCGUGUUGCUUUACUACCAUGAGCAGUUCCACUCCAUCCACAGCUAAUGGCACUGACGGUAAAAAGUAUAAAGGAGAACGAUCUCCUUGUAUCCCCUCCCGUGUCCUCCACGUCCGCAAAGUUCCCAUCGAAGUGUCCGAGGCAGAGGUCGUCUCACUAGGAGUCCCUUUCGGCAAAGUCACCAACCUGUUGAUGCUUAAAGGGAAAAACCAAGCUUUUAUAGAAAUGGCUUCUGAAGAAGCAGCUAUCACCAUGGUCAACUACUACACCACAGCCACACCCCAUGUCCGCAACCAGCCCGUCUACAUCCAGUAUUCCAACCACCGUGAGCUUAAGACUGAUAAUCUGCCCAAUCAGGGGAGGGCUCAGGCUGCUCUGCAAGCUGUCAAUGCAGUGCAUUCUGGGAAUAUGAGUCUCUCUGGGACUGCGACAGCCAGUGAUGGAGGAAUGAUGCCCGGACAAAGUCCUGUGCUUCGUAUCAUCGUAGAGAAUCUCUACUACCCAGUGUCUCUAGAAGUGCUACACCAGAUCUUCUCAAAAUUUGGAACAGUCCUGAAGAUCAUUACCUUCACCAAGAACAACCAGUUCCAGGCCUUGCUACAAUAUGCAGAUCCAAUGAACGCACAUCACGCCAAAGUGGCUCUGGAUGGGCAGAACAUCUACAACGGCUGCUGCACUCUGCGUGUUGAGUUCUCCAAGCUGACCAGUCUGAAUGUGAAAUACAACAACGACAAGAGCAGGGACUUCACACGCCUCGACCUACCCUCAGGGGACGGGCAGCCCACUCUGGACCCCACCAUGCAGACCGCUUUUGGGGCUCCUGGGAUAAUUUCCUCUCCAUACCCCGGGGCGGCUGGUUUCGCCCCUGCUAUCGGUUUCCCUCAGGCAGGUCUGUCUAUGCAGACGAUGCCUGGUGCUCUGGGACCUCUCACCAUCCCUUCAUCAGCAAUGACAGGACGGAUGACCAUCCACGGCAUGGCCCCCACCGCUAUCCACUCUGUGCUCCUCGUCUCCAACCUCAACCCCGACAGCAUAUCACCACACGGGCUCUUCAUUUUAUUCGGAGUGUACGGAGAUGUUCACAGAGUCAAGAUUCUGUUCAACAAGAAAGAGAAUGCCUUAAUACAGAUGGCAGACGCCACGCAAGCCCAGCUCGCGAUGAGCCAUUUGAACGGUCAGCGUCUGUAUGGUAAGGUGAUCCGUGUGACCAUCUCAAAGCACCAGACGGUGCAGCUCCCCAGGGAGGGUCAGGAGGACCAGGGCCUGACCAAAGACUUCAGUGGGAGCCCGUUGCACCGCUUCAAAAAGCCCGGCUCCAAGAACUUCCAGAACAUCUUCCCUCCCUCCGCCACCCUGCACCUCUCAAAUAUCCCUCCCUCCACUACGGAUGAUUUUCUGAAAGAGCUGUUUGCCAGUUCUGGAUACACAGUGAAAGCCUUCAAGUUUUUCCAGAAGGACCGCAAGAUGGCGCUGAUCCAGCUGGGUUCGGUGGAAGAAGCCAUCCAGGCUCUUAUCGACCUCCACAACCACGACCUGGGAGAAAACCACCAUCUGCGAGUGUCCUUCUCCAAAUCCACCAUCUAGCACCCCCUUCACUACAAAAACACCCUUUCCCCAUCCUCCCCCAGCCCUUCUACCUUCAGCAGUCUGACUCUUUCGUUCAAAGAAUAAGACUGACUGACAAACUCUUAAAAAAAAAAAAACAUUACAGAUAUUCAUGGGGUAGUUUUAGAGAUUUUCAGGAAAAAAAAAAAAAAAACAAGAAAAAAAGCAAAUAAGAGACUACUGCAGAACCUUUAGACAGUCUGAGAGUGAGUUUGAUUUACUCUCACGAAACCAGGGCUGGAGACACAUGGGAUAUCCAUGACAAUGUGACGUUUCCGGGAACCUCCGUGUGGAGGAAGUAGGACUCCCUCUUUAGUCGAUUGGCGAGGAGUUUGUUGAUGUGAAACGCAAACUAACACAAGGUGAACAUUCUCAAAAUGCUGAGGAAGUUUCUUCACCGCACACUUGCCGAUUACAUUGGAGACUGACACUCCUGUAGCCCAAUGGCCUUGUUACCCCAGACCUAAGUGAGGACGGAGUCUCUUCUGUGCCUCCCCCCGACAAACAACACCUACAUUCUCAUUGGCUGUUUCAACGGAGCACCCCGUCUCCCGUGGGAUGUGUUGAAUGCACGGUCACCGUUUGAAUGUCGCUGACGUCAUCAUCAAGGUGCUGCUGGAAAAAAAAUCUGUAGCGACGGCCUCGACCAGUGGGCUUGUCCUUUCUCUUCAGAGUAGCAUUAAAAUAAGAGUGCUAUGGAUUCAAGAAUGAGUGCAUUUACAAGUCGCAGCUGUUUCAGCUUACAAACCUUUUGUUUCUCGGCACUUUGAUUGAUUCAAAUUGAAGACAGGCACCGUGGGGAAUGUUUGGCAUCCUCAUAUCUGUUUACUGUGCAAAGAUGUAUAGCCAGAUGGUAAGCAUCUGUGAAUAGAUAGUGAAUGGCGUGAUUUGUUUUUUUCUUGUGUUAUGAAAAUUUUAUAUCGGACAGACCGGCCUUUCUUGGGCUCUCUGCACCUGCAAUGCUGUCAGAGAACAUCUGCGUGCAUUGCACGCGUUGUCGUUGUCCAGUCGAUCGGGUUCCUCUGAACCGGGACGACCAUUUUCAAACAUGCACGAUCAUUCCGGAAAACUUACGGCCAGCUGUCAACCUUACUGGAACGCUCCAAUCAGCAACGCCCAGCCUGAUAGGAGGCUACGCCUCCUCCUAAGUGAAAUUUUCAAUGUGAAUGGUAUAGCCCGUGAUCUCGAUGGGAAAUUGAUGAUUUCCUCCAUUCUGUUCCCCUUCUUGCUCUUAGUUGAGUCUUUUCCUUUCGUUCUUCUUGUUUUCCAUCUUUCCACAGAGGGGCAGAAGGUUCUGUGCUCUUUACUCUGUUCUUUCACUCCUCGGCUCUGUCCACAGGUGUGAGAGUUUGCAGCCGUGGGCUCUGUAGAAACCAUAGAUGAAGCCCAUUGAGUCACAGCAAAAAAAGAGGGUGGCACUCUCUUUUGCCUUGCAGUCCCACACUCAAUGCCUCUGCAUCUGACCAAACCAAAUAUUAAUGGAAAGAGUGAUACUGAAUGACAUGGAGAUGCCACCCAGUUCCCAAAACCUAGUGAGCUGCUGCCUAGGCAGCUGCCUUCUAAGGCAGCAUCCUAAUUGCCAUGAAAGCCAAUAAGUGACUGAUCCGAACUGACUAAUAGCUCAGGAGUGCACAAAAAACUCGUCUCCAGUAGAGUCCAGGCCAGAGGUAUUCUUCAAGAGUAAAUCGAAGUCCUGGAGGGCCACGAAACUUGGUCCUGGAGGGCCACUGUCCUUCAGAGUUUAGCUUCAAUCCUAAUUAAACAUGUCUGAACCAGCUAAUCAAGGUCUUACUAGGCAACCUAGAAACUUCUAGGCAGGUGUAUUGAGGCAAGUUGGAGCUAAACUCGGCAAGACAACAGCUCUAAAAAAACGAGUUUGGACACCCCUGACUUAGAGAUUAAUCUUGUAAGCCGGGGCUGCCAAAACUCGGUCUUGGAGGGCUGGUGUCCUACAGAGUUUAGCUCCAAUCCCAAUUAGACAUACAUGAACCUAAACAUUUCUAGGCAGGUGUAUUCAGGCAAGUUGGAGCUAAACUCGGCUAAACUGAACAACAGCUCUCAAGAACUGAGUUUGGACACCCCUUACUUAGAUGAAUCUUGUAAGCCAGGGCUGCCCAAACUCGGUCCUGCAGGUGUGUCUAAUUGGGGUUGGAGCUAAACUCUGUAGGACACUGGCCAUCCAGGACUAAGAUUGGGCAGCCCUGUUAUAAGCCAAUCACGCAAAGACCUUGACAUGAUGGAAAUGCUUGCAACAGUUAAUAAUCAUUGACGGAGCCCAUCAAAAUCCUGUCAAUUUUUGGCAGCAAGCUUCAAAUAUGUCUUGCUCCAAGACUAGAAUCUCCUCCAUUGAUUCCAUUCAAAAAUUGAUACAUUACCGGUUUCGAGCAGCAUUUGAAGCCUGGAACUGGAGGACUUGAUUGAUUUUAGUUCAAUUAGAUGUUAGCAUGUUGCUAAGCUAACUAAGUCCAAUUGUAGAAAUACAUGGCACAUGCCAAUAUUGAGCUUGUAAUAUGUAUUCUUUACGGUUAUAGUUUGAAGUUAGCAUGUUGCUAAGCUAAUAAUGCAGUACAAAAUAAAAAAAAAAUGCAAGAACCCAUUACUGUAUAUGUUGGAUGCAGCACAAUGCGACCCAAGAGUAAACUGAUGCCCCGUUCAACUUCUGAAGUACUCCAUGCAUUUGCGCUACUUCCGACAACAGGACAAAUGGAUUUGGAACUUUGGCUUUAUUUACUAUAUAAACAUACACAUAUACACAUAAAUACGUGCUCAGUAUUUGCUUGUGCUAUGUAUUCCUACACUUCAGGUAUCGUAACAUUAGCUUAAUGUCAAACUCUGGAAAAUAAUAUUCAAUGAAUUUUAGGUAUAUUCAUAAUCAACAUUUGCCUUGAUUCGCCGACCAUUUUGAAUGAGCUUCACAAUGCAUUCUGGGAUUGCCUUAUCCACAAACAAUAAAUACAGUGCUGCCUUAGAUUUUGGCCAAAAUUAGAUAUCUUAGCAGGCUGGAACAGCCUUUGUGCCGGGAGCGUGCCUGUGAUGCCUUAAAUUGCUGUCUAUGUAGACAGCUCACUAGGUGCUGGGAUAUGGCAAUGGUGCGCACAUACAGAAGCUGAUUCUCUGUAUAUGUAGGUGUAUUAUUACCAGUUUUAGGAUACAUGAUAACUCCCUUGUGCGUACAAGUCAGGCGCUGUCUCAUUUAGUGAAAAUCUGGCCUUAACAUUCCAAGGAGGGUCUUCGUAGACCCGUUGAGUAGCAUCUAAAGGGAGCAGCUUCUGUGCCUGUGCGCUGUAUCCUCUACCAGUGUCCGUCUGAAUCACACUUUUGAAAUAAAUCAACAACUUCAUGUUCAUGCAAGGCAAGGGACAGUGACUUUUUUUUUGUCUUUGACUGAUUUCACCUAAAGCGAUUCGAAACCUCGCUUUCACUUCUCAAAAGAAAUUGAAUUUUGUUGAAGUUUACAGUCUUAAAGCAAAACUAUUCAGGUCUAUAUAUCUUAAGGAUUGUCAAGAUUUUUUGAGAAAAAAAAAAAGUUACUUAUUUUUGGUAAUUUGUUCUUUUUUAUGGAAGAGAAAAAAAAAAUCAAAUUUGAAACCUCAUCGGGUUUUUGUACCACUAUAAUCAUUCAAGAAAUCAUGGUGAAAAAAAAAUCAUAUUUACUGUGUAUUUACCUAAUUUCUUAUUACGUGCCUUAUUAUGUGUUCAUAAUCAAAUAGGUUUUAGAAAUUUUACCUAAAAUAUCUUAUGUACUAUUUUGUGGGAUUGGUGAGAGGGUUGAUUUAUUUUGAUCUUGAUUUUUAUUUUAUUUUUUUGUUGUGUAGCUCUUAUAGAUGUGCAUUUUGUGGGGACUCAGUACCAUGUGGUCUUAAUAUGAUAUGAGAUGUAAGUUAUGAUGUAUGGUGCUGUGAAUGCUCUUACUAGAAAAAUGAACGGUGAACUCCACGAUGUUCAGAGCAUGCUGUGGGUCUCUAUUCUCCCUCACUGAUGUGUGUGUGUGUGUGUACAUAUGUAUGCUAGACCCGCGUACCAUUGUUACAUAAAGCCUUUCUAGCCCGAAAAAAUGUUCCUCGAUCUCUGAUAUACAUAUUUCACUCUCAGAGACAGAGGAUGCUGUAAGUUUGCGUAUUGUUCUGAUUAAAUAGUAUGAAUUUAUGAGCUGUUAUGAGCACAUCUAUGAAGUUUUUGUUCUUUUCUAAGUGAUCAUACUUUGCUAAAAUGGGCAAAAAAUCCCAGUAACUUACAUUAAAUGAGCCAUCCAAGUCUUAUCUAGAAUAGUGGUUGACCGAUAUAUUGGCUGGUAUGUUUUUUUCUCACAUUUUAUUUUGAUGGCGCGGGGGACUUUUAUUUUGACACUGCUGAGAAUGUCAGCGCUUAAACGCACACAGCUCCCGCUCUCCAUCUUCAUUCGUUUAUUAUAAAAAAAACUAUACGAAAAAGUGUUAUAGCGAUUGCUUUUCUAUUAUUAGUAACAGAAAAUCAAACGCAAUAAUAGUUUUUCAUCUACCGUCGACAGUUUAAUUUAAACAAAGUCUUUGAAUAUGUAGUACAUUUUACUAACCUACAGAUUUAUUUUUAUUAAGUUACAUAUUUUUUAUUUAUUAAUUUAAAAAUGAUAACAUUCAGUACAUUUUAUGUAAAUUUAAUUUCAGGAUUUCUUAUGUGUGCAUGAGUUUUUACUAUCUUAAAUGAAAAAGCGUGAUAUAUCAGAUUUAUAUAUCGGCCGUCAAAAUCGGUCGACCACUAAUCUAGAGACUUGGAGGUGGGCUCUUUUUACUUUGGGCCAGUAAGUAUCCACCUAGCAACCACCAGAGCACCCUAGCAACCGCAAAGCAAUGCAUUAAACCCACUCCGAACAUCUUAGCAACCAUAUAGCAACAAUCUGGCAACCCUCCCACAAAGCAUAAUGUGAUGCCGGCGAGUUUUUCACAGGAAGGAC